GAUUUUGGGUAGACAAAUUUCGAGGCCACUGUUAGAGCGUUCAUUUUUUAGGAAAAUACAAGCGAGGAAGGUUUUUAGUCAUCGGGAAAGUUACGAAACAAUCGUGACGAAAACUGAAGAGAAAUUAGCAAAGUGUCGACAGGAGUAUAAGGCAGCGUACCUCGCAUAUUUAUCAACGCCAACAACUGAAAGCCUCAGCGGAUAUUUCAAUAACCACAACGCUUACGUGCAACAGCUACACGCGACUAAUGGGAUGCUGGAUGCAUACUCUAAGGAAACUCUUCCACAACUCUUACAGGAAAUCGAUGAAAUCUACACGGAUUUAUGUUCAUCGGUGUCGGAAGCUAUUUUACAAGAGGCAGAAAUCGUAUCGGCGAGGGCAACCGAAAGGCACAGAAGGUACGAAAACCUCAUAUCGCAGUGUCGGGCAAUUUCAGCAACAUCGGAUAUGGCUCAUUUAGCAAGAUCGAUGCCGACGGCGCAAGGAAGAGGACUUUCAGCAAAACGUCCCUUUAUAGCACCUCAACCUCAGCCACCAGACGCCUUAGACGGUGGGGACCCCUGCGAAAUUAUCAACGACAACGUCCCGCCGCCUUUGAAAGAUCAAUUGGUGAUAGACCGACUUUCGGCGGUACAAGUGCAGCCGGCUCAUGACGCCCUGAAAAAGGAAUCUGCUGAUCUAGAUGCUCAAAUAAGGCAAAUACAGGACUCUCUAGAGACUCUUCUGCGAAUUCAACAACGCUCGCUUGAGUCGGCUUUGUAUAAUAAGGUUAAUGAAAUACAAGAGGAUAUCUCGAUGAAACGGUUCGAUCUUCGAGUGGCCCAAAUGCAUCUAAGUGCGAUUAACUCUCAGAAGGAACUUUUCCUCAACAAAUUGGAGUCUUCAGAUUCCACGCGCGAAAGAAAAAUGUCACUCGUGUCGACGGGUAGUAUGAAAAAUAAGUGGCUAAAGGCAUUUAAAAGUUUGAAAACACCACCACCUUCAGCUUCGCCAAAGGAAACCGAAAAAAAAAAUCAGAUGUACCAUGCGGUGUCAACAAUAAUUGCCAUGAGAAAAAAUGGCUCGGCGUCGAACCGCGAAGUUCCGAGGUCAGAUCCGGACGCCCACGUUUUCCAAGAGUACACCUACAAGAAAAUUACACCGUGCGAUAUUUGCUCGCAGAUAUUGAGAGGACACACGCGGCAGGGAUUGAAAUGUCGAUAUUGUAAGAUGAACGUUCACGUCGAUUGCCAAGAUAAAGCUCCAAAGUGUCAACCGAAAUCGCGUCUCUUGAGGAGGCAAAAAUCUACUUCCGAAAUUGAGUCACGUGUGGCGGAGUCUACGGUUGAGGAAGAAAGUGUCGAGGACGAACCCUAUACGCGGAUGGCAACAAUAAACCGUCAGCUUUCAUUCAAGGAUAACAGCGUUAUGAAACCUUCCCUUGAAAAUCCUAUAGGAUCGGAAGUGGAUCAGAUAUACCAAGUAUUAAAACAAGCCGGGGAAAUAUCCAAUAACAAACCUCGUGUAAAUUUGGAACCAGUUCCCCCGAUAGGGAUAACUGUGGACAGGGGCUUGCCAGGAUCGGCUCCCGGUAGUUCGGGGAGUUCCGGUCAAAGUUUGAACCGCAAAGGGUGCCCGCCACCUCAAUCCCAACGAGCACAGGGGUCUAGCCUAACUGUUAAUAAUCCUGCUCCUUGCUCUACUAGCUCAGGAACAAGCAUGCGGACUUCUCCCACUGCUGUGACGUUUUCCCUUGAAAAUGGGACGAAAUCUUUCGCUCCCCACUCCCCACGUCGGCAGAAGCUAAACCUGCGCAUGAAAAGCCUCUCCCUGGACUCGCCAGAAAGCACAGAGCACGUGCAGAGGAGGAGACACCAUGGCACUGCGACAACUAGUGAGCCCCACUCCAAAGAAAGCUCUUCUUCCAGAAUUCAGUUUCCAGCUCGUUCAAGACCUCCAUACAACUCAAUUGCACGGGGUUCUGUUAAAGCACGAUCAACUCCAUCUAGCCCAGUUCACAAUCGUCGAUUACUCUCCGCCAAGAAUAUAAGAAUGUCAUCGGUUGAGCUUCCAGACGACAACGACAAGAGCCCGUCUUCGGCGAGCACGUCGCCGUGCCCCAGUCCCGUUGGUGUGAAGAAAACGCAUCGUUUGUUACCGACGAACCUCUACGUAGUCCUUUAUAAUUUUAAGUCGCGCCACCAAGACGAGUUGGAUCUCAAGGCGGGUGAUAAGGUGACUGUGAUAGAUUUUGCGGAUCCAGAUUGGUGGAAAGGCAAAUGUUUGGGAAGGGUUGGUUAUUUUCCAUCGAAGUAUUGCUCCAAGUUGGCGGCGGGAGAAAAAGCGCUGCAGGUUACACACAAUUUGCAACUGUCGGAUGGGGAAAAUGGAUUAAUGUUGCUGAGGGACCAAAUAGUAAUUCAAAUAGGUGAGGAAAUCGAUGGAAUGGUGAUGAUCCGUUCUGGUGAUAAUCGUCAAGGAGUUUGUCCUGUCAAGUUUCUGCAGGAGGUGUGACGACGUACCGAAGUUGGUUGUCAAGUAAAUCAAGCGUGUACUUGUGUGAAAUCAAGCACGAAGCCCUUACAAUCAACCUUAAAUAAAAUUUACUACCAUUAUUCCAAGAACUCAUCGCAGAAGAACAAUACAACGACGUGGUACACGUUUGGAAAUAGAAAAAAUUUAAACAACGGGAAAUUUGCCCAAUACUACUACAACAAUAUAAACAACAAUAACCUGUCGAAAAAUAACUACGUAUAUUUACCAAAACAGAAUAACCUAAAUAACAUAAAUAACAUAUUCGCUUUAUCAAACGCUCAGUAUCAGAACGAGUAUAAGUAUUUACAAUGUAAAGCGCCAUUUUCCUCAACCAAACGGCCUCUAUCGAUCAAACUUUCUACCCCAAAGCACGUAACUAAUUUUUUUAACAAAACAUUUAGAUCCGAUUCGCAAAAAAGGCCUCUAUUGUUAAAUUUGGGCUCGUCGACCUGCAGCUUGGAUGAGCCGGUCGGUCCCAAUUUUCAAAUCGUACCCGAUCGUUGCGGGAUAAAGAUAUCGUCGAUUUAUACAAUCAGCGAAAACGUCGAGAAGUUCACUCCAAGAAGCUCACUGUAUCCAAAAAGAAACUUCUACAUCACAUCGAGUAGCAGGCCUCUGUUUGUGCGAAAAUAAUGCCCUUCCUAUAAAAUUAAAAAUUGAAAAAAAAAAUGUUCUAGUUGAAAUAAGUUCCCUAUUUUUGUAAAUGUUAGAAUUGUUGUGACUGAAAUGAGCACGUCCUUUGAUACCUUAAGCACCAGCCAUUAAAAUGCGUAUAUUUUCAUUUUGACAGAUCAAAAUUUACGGCUUGUUAUUAUAUUAACUGGUUUUAAUUAUCCAGUGAGAUUUCAUCAAACUGCGUUACUUUGCUGGAUUAUGGUUAAUGUUGAAGCUAAAUUCAUAUAUAAUUUAUUAAAGGAAUUGAUUAAAUAUUUAAUAAAUGUUAAUACUACCUAAUAGGGCUUGCGAGUUUAGGAUUAGUUUUAACUGUUAAAUGUUAAGCAAUCACAUCAUUCCAAAGACUGUUUCGAAAUUGGAUUGUAAGUUAGUAAUAUUGGCAGCCUAAAUUUAUUUAUUUAUUUCCCUUACCAAUAGACUUAAAUGAAGGAUAUGUACAAAACAAUUUCGAAUUGUUAUAUGCACACGACCAAUUUAAUAAAUUAUAGUAUUAUUUAAUAAUAAUUAAGUAAUGUCGUCGGUGUACGCACUAGUGCUACAGCAACCGUGAUUGAGAAAUUAAACCUGUUAACAUAUUUUUAAGUCGAUAAAGAAACCUUGGUGUCUCACAUUGGCCGCACCAUUUACCUACCUACCUGUUGGAAAAUUGUAAGAUGUAUAUAUUUGUUUUAAAACUGUACUCACUAACCGUGUCCAACUUCAAUAAUAAAAUUUCCAAAAAUCUUCA